CUACAGCCGAAUAUCAGUACAGUGAAAUACAUGCUGUAGCUUCAUUUUACACGUCCACAAGUUAAGAGGAUCUUAAAAUGACUGCAUUUGCGGAGUUUGGCUGUCUCCCUGAGAUCACACAGGCUGUGGAUGAAAUGGAUUGGCUGUUGCCGACUGAUGUCCAAGCUGAAGCCAUUCCUCUCAUCCUGGGUGGCGGUGAUGUUCUUAUGGCUGCUGAAACUGGAAGUGGAAAGACUGGUGCGUUUUGCCUACCAGUCAUCCAGAUUGUCCAUGAGACUCUACGAGACAAGGCUGAAGGAAAGACACAAGAAUCUGCUGCUUCUGUCAGAACCGAUUCUAGCUCUUGGAAGAUGAAUGUUUACGACAGAGGAGAAGCAAUGGCUAUAGAUAAAGAGGGUGUUGUGUGUCAGAGCAGAGAGCAGCAAUCCUGGCAUGGUACCAGAGCUAAUAAGGGUGUCAGCGGUAAAGGCAUGUACUACUAUGAGGCUGAAGUGACCGAUGAAGGACUGUGCAGAGUGGGUUGGGCUACUGACAAAGCUGACUUAAAUCUAGGAACCGACAAGCAAGGUUUUGGGUUUGGUGGAACAGGCAAGAAGUCAUUUGGACGUCAGUUUGACACAUAUGGAGAGCCAUUUGGUAUGGGAGAUUCCAUCGGAUGCUAUUUGGAUCUCGACGGUGGUGAAAUAUACUUCUCUAAGAACGGCAAGGACCUUGGAUUGGCAUUCUCUAUCCCUGGUCAUCUUCUGAAGUUGGCUUAUUACCCCACAGUGGUCCUCAAGAAUGCUGAGAUGAAAUUCAACUUUGGUCUGACCCCUUUCAAGAAUACCCCAGAAAAAGGUUACAGUGCCAUCUGUGAAGCCCCUUCAAACUGUGUUGUCAAGUCUCCUAACAUGGGUGGUGGACUAGCUGGUACAGCUAAAGCAGCACCCAACGCCCCUCAAGCCAUUAUCAUUGAACCAUCAAGAGAACUUGCUGAACAGACAUUGGACCAGAUCAGACUCUUUAAAAAGCAUCUUACAACUCAUUGCCCUAAGGAACUGUUAAUCAUGGGAGGUCAAGCAGCUAAAGAACAGGUGGAUGCUCUCUAUAAAGGGAUUGACAUCGUCGUAGCAACACCAGGACGUCUUGAAGAUCUGAUGAGUACUGGAAAGCUUCUGCUGUCACAGGUGCGAUUUUUCAUUCUGGAUGAAGCAGAUGGCCUCUUGUCUGCUGGCUAUGGAGCUCAGAUAACACGUAUGUGGGAACAGAUUCCUAAGAUCACAAAUGAUGGAAAGAGACUUCAGAUGGUAGUAUGUUCAGCAACUCUUCACUCCUUUGAUGUCAAGAAACUUGCGGAGAAGAUCAUGCACUUCCCAAUCUGGAUUGAUCUGAAAGGGCAAGAUAGUGUUCCAGAGACGGUACAUCAUGUGGUUUGUAGGGUAGACCCAAGGGAGGAUACAACUUGGCAGAGGGAAAGUGAAAAAGUCAGAACCGACGGUGUCCAUUCUGUAGGCCAAAUUAAAUGGGGCAGCCAUGAUAGAGAGACCCUAUCUGAAGGAGCUAAAAUCCUAAAGAUUGACUACUUAGUGAAGGCCAUUAAUGAGCAUCGGAUGGACCAAGCUAUUCUCUUCUGCCGGACCAAGAUAGAUUGUGAUAACUGCGAGAGGUUCCUGACAUCUCUAGGAGGAGGUCCACGUGCUCCGGCCAGCCAUCAGUACUCGUGUGUGUGUCUCCAUAGUGAUCGAAAGCCACCUGAACGAAGAGAAAACCUUCAAAGAUUUAAGGAUAAGAAAGCUCGCUUCAUGAUAUGUACUGAUGUAGCUGCUCGUGGUAUUGAUGUAAGAGGCAUCCCAUAUGUUGUCAAUGUGACAUUACCUGAUGAGAAGCAGAACUAUGUUCAUCGUAUCGGUCGUGUUGGCAGAGCUGACAGGAUGGGCCUAGCUAUUUCACUUGUUUCUACAAUUCCUGAAAAGGUAUGGUACCACUCUUGUCCGAGUCGUGGUAAGAGUUGCCACAACACCGCGCUGAAGGAUCAAGGCGGAUGUUGUAUCUGGUACAACGAGAUGCAGUAUCUAGCAGACAUCGAGGAACAUCUAGGAGUGAUCAUUGAUCAGACGGAUUCCACCUUGAAGGUCCAGGCGGAUGCGUUUGAUGGCAAGGUCGCCUAUGGGCAGAAGAAAAAACAUAUGGGGAGUGGUUACAAGGGUCACGUCGAGGACUUGGCCCCGGCGGUCUCGGAGCUACACAACCUAGAGAAGAGAGCACAGUCUUCCUACUUACAGUUCUCUGGCAUCGCAUCAUGAAAAGAUGGACCAGGCCGAGCUUAAUUGACCUUCGACCUGCAAUAUCAUCAUGAGCCAUCGUGGGAACGUAUCCAUAGAGUGGAGAUAUUCCUAGUUUAAAUAAGUCUUGUUUGAAUCUUGUUUUCUGUUGACACAUCAUUAAAGUUGAUGAUGCCAUGUUUCCUAACCACAAGGAGGUGUUUCUCUAAUAUUGGACAGCAAAGUGUUGUCUUACAUGCAGUCUCUGUUUAUAUGAUGUGGAGAUUCCCACCAUUUUUCUAAGCACA